GUCUGUUUAGUGGCGCCGCAGACUCGCGGAAGCGACUGAAGAUGACGUGAAUGGAGUCUAUCUGCACUAAAGCACCUCAGUCAUAAAGUUUUAGUAAAUGUUCACUGUAUGAAAGUUGGAUGUGUGUUUGAGUCUACAGGACAAAACGAUUUAAAAGGAAUCCCGUCGCCGAGAGACAUAACGGGAGCAAGAGGCAGCUGACAUUUCCCAUAACUCUUAGAUGGAUACAACAGAGAUGUGCCAUGCUGACAUGUAUACUGUAGAGAAAAUUGCUGUUAAUAUUAAAAGGGAGGAGGAGGACUGUGAGUGGGGAUCUGAUCACCCUAAACCGGAGAGGCUCUGCAUUAAGGAUGAGGAUUGUGACUCUGAGACAAUAGGCAUUAAAGAAGAGGGUGUCAAGUCCUUCCUGAUUGACACACAGAAACAUGUAAUUACUGACGUCAAAAGAGAAGACCUCCAUUCAGAGUCUACUCAUUGGUACGAAUGUCAAGAGAGAUGCUGUUCAUUUGAGGUGUAUUCAGUCAAAGUGAAAUCUGACUCCGAUGAGGAAAUGUCAUCAAGUAGGGCCUUGGAAGAUCAACCAUCAUCAAAUGAAUCUGGAGAAAUUCUAGAAGAUGGUGGAAGCUCCUCCUUGUCUUCAUUUCGGCAGAUCUCCUUUCACUGCAGAUCGCAACAGACAGCACUUAAUGGAAACGUGAAGAAAGCAAUAUCUGUAUCAGAAAUUUCAAUGCCAACCACCUUGCAGUAUCAUUCUAUGACUGCCGUGAACUCUCAACAUGAGGUGAACAACACAAAUUCAAUUGAUUUGUAUAUUGAACAUGAGCAAACAAAAAGUUUGAAAUGCAAAUCUAAAAUGGAAUGUAAUCAUUGUAUUCCUACAAAACGGAAGUCUCACUUCUACUCUGAAUGUGGUAAACAAUUAUCAAAAAAGAGCCGUUUUGAAACUCACAUGAGAAUCCAUACUGGAGAAAAGCCCUAUCAUUGUAAUACAUGUGGCAAACGAUUCUCUAAUAGAAGCUAUUUCUUGCUUCACACAAGGAGUCAUACUGGAGAGAAUCCUUAUGGCUGUUCUGAAUGUGGCAAACAAUUUGCAAUAAAGAGUCAUCUUCAAAACCACACAAGAAUUCACACAGGAGAAAAACCCUUUCAAUGUAAGGAAUGUGGCAGACGGUUUUCGUUAAGGAGCAGUCUUCGAAUUCACACAAGGGUUCAUACUGGAGAGAAACCGUACUGCUGUCCUGAAUGUGGUGAGAGAUUCACUCACUGGAGCGGUCUUCAUGACCACACAAUUGUUCACUCUGGAGCACCUGCAUAUUGCUGUUCUGAAUGUGGCAAGCAAUUUUCAAACAGGAGUAAUUUGCAGGCCCACAGAAAAAUUCACACUGGACAAAAGCCGGAGCACUGUGGGGAAUGUGGCAAACAAUUUUCAAAUAUGAGCAAUCUUCGAAGACACACAAAAAUUCACAUUGGAGAGAAAAAUUACUGCUGUUCUGACUGUGGUAAACUAUUCUUAUUGUUGGAUGAUCUUCACAGCCACAAAAUAAUUCACACUGGAGAAAACCCCUUUCACUGUCAUGAAUGUGGCAAACAGUUUUCAAAUAAGAGCAGUCUUCGAAGACACACAAGAAUUCACUUUGGAGAGAGAAAAUACUGUUGUUCUGAAUGUGGUAAGCUAUUUUUAAAAAUGGAUGAACUCCACAUCCACAAAAGAACUCACACUGGAGAAAAGCCCUAUCACUGUAAUGAAUGUGGCAAACGAUUUUCAGUUAAAUGUAAUCUUCAAAGACAUAUAAGACUUCACAGUGGAGAAAAGCGAUAUUGCUGUAAUGACUGUGGCAAACGGUUCUCUACCAAAUGCAGCUCUCAGAGACAUUCAAAGCUACAUUGGAGUAAAGAAAAAACUGACAAAAAGGAACCUGAAAUACUUUGGACAAAUCUACACAGCACUACCCAAGAAUGUACAAAAGAAGCAGAAUGGAGAAGUAAUCUAUACACAGACACAGAAAAUACACAAGUGAAAGAAAUGAAAUAGUGUGAAGCAUUAGCCAAAAUAAUAUAAACUGCAUUCCAAGAAGAGCUACUGACUCAGAUCCUGACACCAUACCCAGCUUGUGUCAUACUCAAAACUAACCCCCAAUAUCAACAUAUGGCCAAGUAUGAAAGAGGUUAAUGUGUCAACUGCUGGUGACACCACAGUGGCACAUCACAGGACCAACUUUCCUUUGACCAAAUUGGAGAAAACCAAAUUAGCAAAAAGCUACCACCCCUAUCACCUGACUCUCUUAAAACCAGUUGACAACAUAAGAUUUUACAGUGACCUGGAUCAGGAUUAGAAAAUGUAGCAGUAGAAGAGGAGGAGGAUCAAAGAAGGCCACAGAGUACAACAUACCAGAUAUUGCUAAGGUAAACUAAGGACAUUACUGAAUACUACAAGAAAGGUAGAAUCCUAAUGCCUUCUGCAGAACCACAAAAGAAUUCAUUCUAAGAAGAACCCUCAUUUCUAUUCUGAAUAUGGCAAACUGUUCACAAGAAAGAGCAAUAUUCACACUAGAGACAAGCCCUAUUAGUGUAAUGAAUGUGGUAAAUGAUUUUUGUGAAUUAACUGUUUGCAGGAUUACAAAAGAAUUCACAUUGGACACAGAUGUGACUUACAAUGACCAGAUUCUAAGUAAUUGGCAAUUAAACAGAACAGCAAUGAGAAAGUCAUAAAUCACAACAGAAUAGUUAUUGUGAACUAAAGUAAGGGUGCUAAAAGAAGGGAAAAAAUCCCCAACAACAACAGUGUGGUGUGGAUCAAGCAUAAAAGGCCUUUGAUAGGUUACCCCACAGCUGCUUACUCAAAUACAUUGAACUGGAGAAAAUCUUCUCUGUUCCUGUAAUUUUCAUUUAAACCACUAUACACCAAUGGCAAACAUCCCUGAUGCUCCACCAUGACAAAGGCCAAACCACAAUUCCAAAUAGAAAAAUGAAAUGGUGGAAUAUUACAAGGAGAGUUUUUAAUUGGCAUUCUGUCUGGAGUUAAAGGAAUCCCCUGCCCAAAGGCUAUUGUUUAUUUAUAUUUUCAUGCAGAACACAGACAACAGAAUUUCUGUUAGAAUGGGUGUCUCUGGUGCCCAACAUUGUACAGCAGAAAACAAAUAUAAAAAAAGUCAAUGACAAAAAUCUGUUGUUACUUGUGUCACAUAAUCCACACAUCAGGUCAUCUAGUCGUAUGCUCAUGAGGUCUCAUACAAGCUUUAUUUUGCACUACACUAUCAUUAAACAUUAGAUGUGAACAAGCAUUUGAAUUGUAGACCCACCUCCGAUCAUUACAUUUGCAUUCAUAUCUACAACUAAACAACCUCUGAAUUAUAUUAUCAUCAGACUCUGAAAUUGCAUUGGUGAAUUGACCUUCUUCUUGUUGAAGCAUCUUGGAUCUGUACAAAAAGAGGCAUAUUUUCUUUCUGAUAGUGUUUUCAAUCUCUUUAACUUUUCAUCUUUAAUCUCGCUGUGCAUGUGUUUUGUUAGGUUUUCUUGUUACAAUUCCCAAGCAACAUGCAUAAAUGUUUAGACUCAUUAGGAGUAUCAAAGUGGCCUCUUUAAAGGAAAACUUAGUAACCAUCAUCAGAGAACUAAACGUAGAACUUACUUGUAAAUAGACAUUUUCAAUGACUUGAAGCUUGAGAUGCUACAGUGCCUGCAACCCAAGUUCUGUUUCCUGUCCUCCUCUUUUUUUUUUUUUUUCCUUCUUCCAGCUGAGGUCUAUCCUUAAAACCCACUGUGGUGUUCUGUAAUCUCCACUCUUACCCUCUUUUUGAUUUCCUUUGCUUAUCUGUUUGAAAGCCUAACCACACCCUAUAUGUUGCUUUGUACAAGACUAGGUACAGCCUUUCAACAAUACACUCAGUUUGGAAAUGUGACCACCAUAGUCUUCUUCUUGAUCAUCUUUUUCCACUUCUGCAUGAGGUUGGUUUGCUUGAUCAACCUUCUCCACACAGAGCUUGGUCCUGCACCUCUUCGUCUUUUUCCUUCUGAUCUUCUGCCCUCUUGUUUUCUCCUCAUGAGCUAUUUCUAAAACCAUCUCCCUUUCCUCUAAAGAUCCUAGUCCUCCACAUACAUAGUUUAUAUUUGUUACCAUCAUUUAACACUUCAACAGCAUUAUUUUGUAGGUUUCCUCACUAACGUCUAGUUCUGUGUCUGCUCUCUUAAUACCAAGUAACUUCUUUUUUUCUGAUUGCCACUAAUCUCUUGUUUGUGGUCCUUCAUCUUUGGCUCUAUUUUCUUGAUCUUGAUUUUCAAUUCUCUCCUUGUAUCUUUCCAUUCCCUGACUUCUCUGUCCUUCCUUUUCUGUCUUUAUAGCAGAGACUCUUCUCCUUGGUCACUAUUGUGGUUUACUUGGUGCUGGCCUCUCACUGUCUUUUGGUCUGUGGAAGUCUGUGGGGUUAUCCAGUUUUGAUAUUAACGAGUGGCUGUCUGGUUGGGAGUUAAAUGGCUGGUGACUGGUGACACAGAGAGCUUUUAAUCCUUUUAGUUUUAUUGAAUUGCUAAGUAUGGUGCCAAUAAAAAAA